GGAGCUUUACUUUUGUUUACGUAUUUCACAAACUGUACAUACCGAACGAAUCCCUAAUUCAGUAAUAUAGUAUUAUAAAUGUCACCGUGCUUCCUUUGUAUGGAAAACCAUUCCAGGGUUGUUAGUUUUAAAAAAAAAAGUAAUGAUUGAGUAAGCAGUAAAGGUGGCCUCAAUAAAAUUGAAAAAAUUUAGCAAGGCUUCAAAUGCAGAUGCUUAAAAGAUCACCAUUGGUCAUGGUAUAUUGAAUACGUCGAGUCUCAUCAAACAGUCUCAUGCAGGAUAUAUUCUUUGUCUCCAAUAGAAAUGUCAAUGUUGUGUAAGGUAUAAUAAUAUCAUUUUCACUCGUGAUAUGACAGUCUACGUAAGUUCAUAUUUUUUUUUCAUGUAUGUAGAUUUUGCACUGAACAAAGCCUGAGUUCUCCACAAAAGGAUUCGGCUUAACUUGGUUCAUAGUUGUUGUGGCGCAUAUUUUUGGUUGUUUUCGUUCUACCCUACUAUUAUAGAAUACACCCUGCUGCUCUGGAGACGUCAUUCGUCGCCCAUGACGUCUUGCAUCUUGCGUCUCAUCUUACAAAGUGAUGGCCGGCAAUUACCUUACAAUCUUCGGUUUACGCCGUUUUGAUAAAGUACAGUGUGAGCGUUGAUGACUCAGUAAAGUUUGCUAGUCCAAAUACACUGGUAGACAAUAGGCAGUAGCGCUUCAAGCAGUGUUGGACCGAACUGUGUGCGUAGACUACUUUUUGGGAUGUAGUCCAAACUUCUUUGUCACAUUAGUGUAAUACGGAAAUACCUACUGCAAUUCGACAAUAUGAUCAAUGGCGAAAGUUCCGCACGGAAUUCCACGCAGCUCCCGAACGCCUCAUCUAGACGCCAGCGGGUUAUCGAUGCCUCCCUCACCAACUUCGCACUACACGACCGAAAGGCGAAGAAGAUACGUGCACGAGCUACCAUAUAAUGCCCAUUCGAAGUUAUGCAAGCUUCUCGAUGUUGACAGAAAAUGGGACCAUUUGGCUGGUCUGAUGGACAUAGAAACAGUCGACAUUAAGCUAUUCGCAAACGCAGUCCUGCGCGGAGGCAGUCCUUCCGAAGAAGUUCUCAAAAAGUUCGGUGAACGAAAUGGCCGUAUCAGCCAGUUAUUCAAGUAUUUACACGCCAUGGAGUACUAUAAGGGCAUGCACAUCCUCAAAGAUUAUGUUGAUCCAAGACACUGGCGUCUACUGGGUGCAGGCAACAGCAAUGGAGAUGCAUCUUCUACGCUUCUAUCAGGACAUUUCGAACCGCCAUCAGCUCCUCCAUAUGAGUCGGAACAAAUGUUGAUGAAGCCAAAGCUACAAGUCGAUAGUCGCAACGUGUAUAGUCCUUGUAAAGAAGGUUACCUCAAGGGCCACGACAGUAAGCUGCCAUCCUCAACAGCAAACAGAACAAAGGAAAUCGCGAAGCUGCAUGGCGCAAAAAUCGCGAAGGCAGCCGCGGCUUGUGCCGCAAAGCCAGGAAGGGCGGAGCUCGAUCGGUUUCAUCAAGAACUCCUGUCAUCGGGCAUCAAGGUUCUUUCACUUAAGCCCCAGGUGACGCAGAAAGAUUCAUCACCAGUAAAGCUACACGAUGUCAACAUGAAUGCUGAGAUCAACUUCAAGGAUAUCGAUCUAGAGCCGAUUAGGCAUAUUGCUUAUGCCGAGCUAGCAAAAGCUACUCAAAACUUCGCUAAAAAUAAUAUGCUCGGCAAAGGUGGCUUUGGAACCGUUUACCGAGGUCUUUGGAAGGACACCACUGUCGCUGUAAAAAAACUCCAUCUGAGUACACAACCCGGAAACAGGGAACACGUACGACAGGUUCCUUCACCAUCACGUCAUCCAGAAGCACAACCGAAAAGCGAGGCGCACCUUCUUAUUCGAUCGAUGUUGACUGAGCUACGCGUACUUGAAAAGUGUCGCUUCCCACAUAUUCUCGCUCUGUACGGCGUUUCCGUUGACAAUCUAAGUGAGUCGUGCAUUGUAUACGAGUUCAUGUCUGGUGGAAGCCUCGAUGAUCGCCUCAAGAGAAAGCAAAAUUUUGCAUCAGUAAAACCAUUAACCUGGCAUCAGCGUGCUUCAAUUGCCAUUGGGACUGCACGCGGCCUAAAUUACCUUCAUACGGCCGAUAUGCCUCUUGUUCAUGGAGACAUAAAGCCUGCCAAUAUUUUGCUCGAUGAAAACUUGCAACCGAAACUAGGCGACUUUGGUUUAACCCGUGAAGGUCCGGAUGGGGGAUGCACUCAUCGAGACGUGUCACGCUUACAGGGUACAAGAUAUUAUUUACCGCUUGAAUACCUCCAGUCCCGGCAUUUGUCGACGAAGGUUGAUGUAUACAGUUUUGGUUUGGUGCUCCUCGAAUUAGCAACAAACCUUCGAGUUUGUGAUGAAACAAGACGGCAUCGGUUUCUAUCAAGUCACAUCGAUGCGCUAAAGGCAUUUGGAAGACAGCUUGAAGCCAAGGAUCCUACUGGUGGAGACGAACCAGGAUCGAAUGACAUUGUGGAGCUGUUCCUUAAUCUUGGUCGCCGAUGUGCCUCUGAAAACAAGAAACAAAGACCUGAAAUGCGUGAGGUGCUCGAUGAACUGAAGGAUGCACUUACUUUUUGCAAACCGUCACCACUAAUGGGUACUGGCUAUUCUCGAGAGUCUACAGCUACUAUGCACCAUGCAGGAACUGCAGGUUGGGCUCAGGGCAUGUGCAACGGAGGUCAAAUUGUUCCUCAGAAUUUGCGUGAAUGUGGGGAAAUUCGUCGGUUGUCACCAUCAGACAAUUUGCAGGUAGGCCCGUUAUCAUCGUUACCACCUGCCGGAACAACGCCGCCGACAGGCACAGGCAAUAAUACUGCCAUUCAACAACUCCACCAUACCCCACAAGGCCACGUGCAAAGAACUUCAAAUCACCAGCCAUCUCAACAACAGCAGUAUCCAACUCAUCUUCAGGUGCAACACAUACAUAUGCAAAAACUUCAGAACGCACAAUAUCAACAGCUGUAUCAGAAUUAUCAUCAUCUUCAGCAACAAUCACAACAACAGCAUCUAGUGCGGGUUAGCUCUAUAAACAGCUCAGCCAUGCCUGCUAAAGCAGGUGCUGUUCAGCCCACAUCUCGUCAAAUCGUAGGGGUCAAUCACCCAGUCUCCAAUACCACUACAGACGAAUUAAAUCAAAUCGGCCCAAGUGCAAUAAUCAGCACACCCAGUAAUAACAAUACAGUGACCGCAACAAGUGCAAAUCAAGGCACGGAAACAGUUGGUACAAGGCAAUCACAGGCACCACCUAACGUAGCCCCUAGCUUGCCCUGUAACCCUGGUACUACUGGUCACGGCAAUAGUCCAAAUGUACCAAUUUAUGAAGUGGACUCGAACUGUUUACCGCUCGUGCCUGCACUUAACCCUGAUGAUCAUCCGGUUGUGGUUCCGCAAUCGACCAUACAGGGUUUGUCUGAGGAAGAAUUAACGACGAAGUCGACGAAUACAACAAAUAAUUCAAUUUCGACCUCAAGCUCGUCAGCGGACAAUUCACCCAACUAGAACGCAAAUGUCUAUGGGCUUUUAGUAUAAAGUGAAUUAGAUAUGAACGAGGCUCCGGCACACAGUUACGGAUAAAUCAUGUUUAUAAUGGGCGAUUGCAGAUGUAUAUAGUAGGCGACAGGUCUGUUUGAACUAGAAAUGUAUUUUUAUGUAAUUUUAUGCUUUUCGAAUCGUGGUACAAGAGAAACAAUUAGCAGGUUAGUAUUUACAGUUUAUUUUGUUUAAAAUGACAAUAAUGACGUAGGAAAAUAAACGCAUAGAAAAAAUUUUGAAAUUGCAUGUUUGGCAGAACUAAUCACACCCCGCUGCCUCAAUUAUCACAUGAUAAUUGUGCGUAUGUGUCUAUGUGCACAAUAUAUAUAUAUAUAGAUAGAUACAGCAGACUGGCCGAAUGGUAAGGUUAAACUAUGUUUAUCUAACGUUUAUUCAAAUGUGGAAAUACCUAAGUGACUCAAGUAAUAUUUCGAUGGCCUACUAUGUCAGAUUACGAAGUUACGAUUACUUCUGUAAACAUCGCUACAAACAGCAAAGCUGCACCAGUCUGAACGGACCGUUUUAACUAUUUUCUUUCGAAUUCGUUUUCUGAGCAUCGUUCGAUUAUAUGUUCUUGUAAUGUAGACUUAGUGCAUUUUCAGGAAGUGUCCUCUAAUUAUAUCGGGAUUACUGCGAUACCAUAAGGUCGUUGUUGUUAUUAUUAUUAUUAAUAUUUUCUAUACUAAGAAAUGAUUACGCGGUCGAGGAAGAUUAUCAGUUACCAAGUAUCCAACCGAAGAUUGAUGUCAGUUUAUUUUUUACAUAAUAACGGAUGUACUUAUGUUACAAUCUAAGUACAAUUUAAAUUAUAAGAGAUAUUUAGUAAGUAGGAUGUGUAUCUCGCGCUUAGCCGCACAUACUUAUUCUUUUCUUUUGGCGGUUAGUUUACUCUGCCAGUUACCAGCGAUACUGGAUAAUUACUGGAGCCAUUUUAGCUAUAAGCUUGAUAAUUUGUAUUCUCAUUACAUGAUUCAUAACUUAAUUUGAACAGCGUUUAUAUGAGACUGAAUGUUUUGAAGCUUAAAUGUCACUUUUUUUUCUCUUCUACGAAUUGAGCAUAGAAUAUUCCUAUUAAGCUGCAAUAACUGCGUAAUUAAUCGUUCGACGAAUAUAGUCAAAACUGUAUGUUAAUGCAAAAAAGCUUUGAGCGUUUAUGAGAUACGCAGGUAUUAAUAAAGAUGACGAUACGAUAAUGAUAAUAAUAAUUAUUAUUAUUUAUAAACUGUUUCGUAUAGUCACGGGUUUUAUUGAAAAUAGAUUAGAAACAUUUUUAUAUUUACAUCAAUGUACGAGCAUCUACAAUGUCAUACUUGCUUCUCAAUGAUUCUGAACUGAAUCAGAUAAAUUUUGGGACAGUGGUCAAUUGAACAACGUAUAACAGAUAAUUACGCCGAAAUCAUUCGAAAAUCUCUUCGACCCCGGAUUAGACCUGAACAGACGAACUAAUGGAAGUGUUUCAUUAUAUAAUUAAAAUAUUAUCUGCAAAAUUUAAAGGGGCAACAUUGAAAGUUCUUUAAAGUAACUAAUAACUUAAAUGAUAAUACUUCUCUGUCUAGAUUCAGUCUCGAAAUGAUAGUUUCAACCUCACUUUACACGCAAGUGGGCUGGCAUCACCUAACACACCCUAUAGAUAUUUGGCUAUAUUUAUAUAGAUAUCCAUGGACAAAGAGACAUUCAGACGUUUUUCCAACGAUAGGCUUGCUUGUGUCGAACUCGAAGAUUUACUUCUUUUUUUAGGUCUUAUUAUAAUUUGUUAGGUAGACUUUUCCUUAACUAGGCAAGUUAAACACUUAUUCAGGCCUUGCACCGAUGUAAUAAUAUUGUUGCUUCUGCUAGAGGAGAGCAGCGAGCCUUCGAAACUUGCUUUGAUACAAGCUUCGUAAUGUAUGUGUGACCUAUAGAAGACUAGCUAUUAGUAAAUUCGAUAAUUAAUAUUCGUAUAUAUAGCCAUUCAAGAAUACCAACAAUAGACAGUUGACUUGCUCACACUGAAGCCAUACAAUUUAAAUUAGAUUUAUUUCAGGAAGUUUUGUUUAUGUUACAUGUAUAUAAGUGUCGCAACAGCUUUUUUUUUUAAAAAACCCUGCAACAGUUCUAAUUACUAAUUAAUUAAUUUCCUGUUGGAUAUGCUCAGUUUGUCUAAACCAAGUGCGUCCUCAAGUUAAUUUUAUUCGCAAAAGUCGUCUAAUGCAAUCAUGUAGUUACCGGAAUUGAUUUAGAAAGAAAUAAAAAAAUUCUUUCACAGCCCAACUGGAUUUUUCCAUUUAUCCUUGUAUUCUUGAACACGCUGUGUAAACGCUGUCCUAAGCAUUUCAAAGCUACCUAUAGGUUGGAGAAUUUAUGAAACUUACGCAGGGGUUACCUUUUACCGCAACAUCUUUGGUCAUUUAAGAAUCAUUUUCGUGCAUUCUUAUAGCUAAUCGAGAACUUUCUACCGUAAGGAGUACCAUACUAUAAUUCUAUAUCGGAUCGGAUCCGCGUACGAGGUAUUAUCAGGGCCGAGAAUAGGCUUACUACUACUACGUCUUCUAUUCUUCUAGUUAUGAUGUGCCAUGUCUUCUAUUCUAAACACUUCUUUCAAAAGCAUACAUCGCACGGAAGCCACGUAACGAUACAGAAUCCUUGCUCUUGCUCUGAAUGCGCCUUAUUAGUUGUUAUUAUUAUUACUACUACGUGCAUGAAUAUUUGUUACCAAACUACGUCAAUGAAGAGGCAGGUCGAAGGUUAUUUGAAAGCCUAUACACAGUUUUUCAUAGUCAAGCAAAAGCUAGCUGAUUUUCUGCUGUGGCUCGGUCUUGGUCAUUUUCUAUCUUUGCUGUUCCUGAGUUGGCUUCCUGUCCUCUUAAUAGCAGAGUUACAACGCAUGCAACCGUUUCAUAUAGUGAGCAGCUGCCCUACGAAGGGUGCUGGACUGAGUCCUUUUUCCUGUGCACGACACGCAAAUAUCUAUCGGUCUGCCUAAAUCAAAAAUAUCCCAAUGCCAUUGGCGGUAGUGUGAGACUAACUGGUAGGCCACCAAAACAUCGUAGGCUCAUCUCAUCGUUCUGCGUGUCCAUGUGUACGCCUCGACUAGCGUUGGCGUCGUGCGAAUAUUGCGACAAAACGUUCAACAACUGAGUCGGAAGGCACGUUCUGAACAGCAAGCCGGCAGACAACUUUUGGGACUGCAGUCUCGUUCUGCGCUCAGCAAACCCUUUGAGCUGCGGUGCAAAGCUUACAAUAUAUUCCGCCUGUUAGUUUUCGUCGUUUCGGCGCUCCCACCUCCGUGCACUGCU